CAUCAUCGUGGUCGAGGAUGCAUCUGGCCCAGGUUGGGGUCCACCACCACAGGAUGGCGCAACAGUGUUCCAGGCCACCUUCAACAUGGUCAAUAUCUUCAUGGGCAUCGGAUUGCUUUCCAUGCCCUUUGCCAUGAAACAAGGAGGCUGGGUGGGCAUGGGGGCCCUAGCUGCUGCGACAGCUGUCUUCUGUCUGUCGGGGAAGCUCAUAGUGCGCAAUUUUGACAAGAUGCCACCCAACACAUCACAUACGUACCCUGCUUUAGGCCGCCUAGCCAUGGGGAAGGCAGGCUUCUACACUGUGGGCUCAUUGGCAUUUGCAGAGUUCUUUGGCGACAGCCUUAUUGUCCUCAUAGUGAUGUGGCAGGAGCUGAUGGCAGUCCUUCCUGAUAGGGGGGAGCUAGCAUUGGGGCCGCCAGGCAGGUUUCUGGUGGGCUUUUUGGCACUCACCGAGUUUUUUGGCGGCUCCUGCAUCAUGCUGGUGGUGAUAUGGCGCGAGUUCCUGGGCCUUGUGCAUCCCCAUGGUGUGAUACUGGGCAUGACUCCGUUCUAUUUCUCGGUGGUGGCAUGCACAGUGGCGACAGCGCCGCUGAUGUUCAUACCCUCCUUCAAGAAGCUGUCGUGGCUGUCCAUGCUGGGCUGCAUCUCCACUGUCCUCGUCACCAUCACAGUGCUGGCUGCCGUGGGCAUGGACCCCUUCAGGGAAAAGCAGCCCAUACAGCCACCCGCUGGUCACUCUGUGGCGCGCUGGGGCAUCUUUGAGAGCAUGGGCAUCUUUGCAGUCUCUGUCUCCGGCCACUCCAGUCUGCCGGUGCUCAGGAAUAGCAUGAAGCAGCCUCAGGCUUUUGACAAGGUGAUCAACUUUGCCUUCACGGCGAUGCUGAUCAUCUAUGCAAUCGUGGCUGGCCUGGGAUACUACUACUUUGGCGAUGCAGCAUCUACCCUGAUCACUGAUGAUCUGGCCAGAAACUCACCAUUCACUGGCCAUUCGAUUCUGAUCCCGGGUUUCACAGUGGACAAAUUGGUAGCGCUUUGUAUCCUGGUGAACGCUUACACAACCUAUCCGUGUCUGAUCCUAGUCAUCCAGGACAUGCUGUGGAGUGUGCUGCUGUUUUUAGAGAACGGUGGCGGCACAAGGCAGCCUCGCAGGAUGGUAGCCACGGCUGUGAGGCUGUUCCUCUUUGCUGCGGGGACAUGUAUUGCAUUUGCGGCUUAUGCGAUCUUGGGGAAUGUGAUGAGCUUGGUGGGGGGCUUUGCAUCGAUCAGCUGCUCCCUGCUGAUGCCCUCGCUCUUCUUCUUGAUCCUCUUCUGGAAGGAGCUGGGGAGGCUGCAAAGAACAGGUGUCUCAGUGCUGUUGAUAGUAGGAACAGCGCUGCUGGUGCUCAUUGUAGGCCAGAACAUAAUGGAUAUAGCUCAGAAAGUUGGUCAUGAUGACAAAGGGGCUGGCCUGUCGCAAAGCUGGACAUCAGUGCUUCCCGGCAUCCUCGAUAGAUUGAGAUGA